CUGUUUAACAGGAAACAACAGACAAAAUGUGAACAGACCUGUAUUUACAUAUUCGAAUAAAAACAUACUAUAACAUUUUAGAAUAUAUUCACAUUUUAAGACAUAUACAGCCAUAUGAACACCUAACCAUUUAAACCACCUGCCUAAUAUUGUGUAGGUCCCCUUGUGCCGUCACAACAGCUCUGAUACAUUGAGGCAUGGACUCCAUGAGACCUCUGAACCUAGCUGACAAAAGAAGGUCCCCAGGACGUCCCCAUAAAUGGCCUCUACGCACGUCCGCAGAACGUCCAUGUUUAGAGUCCCCUUGAUGUCCUACGGAUGUUCAAGGGGACGUUCACAGGAAGUUCAGUGGCCAUUCGGGAGGGGACUUUCGCUGAAAUGACCACAUUCAGUAGUGUUAUGAUUUGAUAUCCUCUGACGUCCUUGGAACAUCCGCCAGCAAACCUUAUAAACCGUACCAAAUGCGGACCUAAGUGGAUGUCCCCUGUUUGCAGACUUAAGUGGAUGCCCCCUGUUUGUUGGGAAGUCAGAGCUUAGCCUUUGUUGACCAAACCUACUGUUUCUUGGUCAGUAUUCAGGCACAGACGGGUAGGAAACUAUAGGAAAAACCACAGAGGAGAUUUUUCUGUCAUGGUUUGUGUCCACUUGUCCCCUUAGAGGAAACCAUCAUUGCAAAUGAGUACAAAGUUCUGACUGAUCACCUUUAUCCUAUGAUGAACCAUUUCUAUCCUGAUGGGAGUGGUGAGGACUCACUGAAUGGUUCGAUGAGUAUAAAAAUUAUUAUAGUAGAUUAUAUCUUGUCGCCUGCACAGUACAUCUCAACCCAGUUAAACACAUGAGAGAUUCUGGAGUGAUGUGUUAGACCACCACCAAGUGCAAGAAUAUUUGUCUAUCACUUCAGUACAGUUCCAGAGACUUGUAGAAUCUGUGCCAAGUAACAGUGAAGCUGUUCUGAUGGCUUGUGAUGAACAAGUGCCUUACUAAGACACUUUAUAUUUCCUUUAAUUUGCCAUUGAGUUUUUUUUAAAGCAAAAUAAACAUAUAUGCCAUAGUGACACAAAACAGGAAACAAGCUUUUUGGAGAUAUGAUAUGAUGAAUUGUGCAGAGAUCAGCCUUCUUCAAAUCUGAAGAAACUUUCAGAUAUGACGAGUGGAAUUCAAGCAGAAGAGAUUGUUUCCCUCUUGAAGAAAGAAGCAUGCAAGAUGAUUUGGUGUUCUCGUCACGCCGCUCACCGGUCAUCUGCUUGAAUGGCUGUGUAGCCUCCAGUCAGCCUCUAGCAUCCAACAUUGGACUAGAAAUCCUGAAAAGUGGGGGAAACGCUGCAGACGCUGCUGUAGCUGUGGCCGCGGCCCUGAAUGUAACAGAGCCUACAAGCACAGGAAUCGGAGGAGACGCCUUUUGUCUCUUUUAUGACGCUGCGAGCAGACAAGUUCGAGGACUUAAUGGGAGUGGAAGGAGUCCUAAAGCUCAGACUCUGGAACUGAUGGAGGCGUGUGGAUUCAGUCAGAGUAACCCACCACCUUACUGCCAUGCCUUCAAUGUCACUGUGCCUGGAGCUGCAGCAUGUUGGUGUGACACAGUGAACUUGUUUGGGAGCAAAAAGCUCUCUUUAGCGGACGUGCUACAGCCAGCUAUAGAUCUGGCCCAGAAUGGUUUCCCAGUGGCCGAGAUUACAGCGUACCAGUGGGCUGAGGGUGCCAAAUCCCUGAGGGCUGCUGGGAGAGAACUUGGAGGAGAUUUACUUAUUAACAAUCAACCACCUAAACAUGGACAGGUCAUGACAAAUCCUAACCUUGCACGCACCUUCCAGGAGCUUGUACUGCAUGGGAGAAAGGGAUUCUAUCAGGGCAGGAUCGCCCAGGCUGUGGUUGACGUCGUGCAAGAAAAUGGUGGUGUGAUGAGCUUGUACGACAUGAAGAACCAUGUCACCGCUGAGAUCACACCAAUUUACAUCGAUUACAAAACGGUACGAGUUUGGGAGGUCCCACCCAACAGUCAAGGGAUGGCAGCUCUUAUUGCUCUUAAUAUCCUUCAGAGUUUUCCUAUCAAAGACAUGGUCCACAACAGUGCCGACUACCUGCACACACUGGUCGAGUCACUGAAAUUGAGCAUGACUGAUACCAUGCACUUCAGCACAGACCCAGAUAAAAUGAAUGUGCCUGUGGAGGGGCUUCUUUCCAAGGAUUAUGCUCUCCAGCGAGCACAGUUCAUCCAAAUGGACAAAGCCAGGAGUGUGUGUGAGCCUGGGAUUCCCACAGGAAGUGACACGGUGUAUUUCACUGUGGUGGACAAAGAGGGAAACGCCUGCUCCUUUGUGAACAGCAAUUACAUGGGCUUUGGCACUGGCCUUGUCCCACGAAACUGUGGAUUUUCCCUGCAAAAUAGAGGUGCUAAUUUCUCUCUGGACUCCAAUCAUGUGAACUGCAUAGGCCCAGAGAAGAGGCCAUACCACACAAUAAUCCCUGCCAUGCUCACAGAUCCCUUGUCAGGGCGCCUCCUCUGCUCCUUUGGGGUGAUGGGGGGCUUCAUGCAGCCUCAGGGUCAUGUGCAGGUAUUGCUCAACAUGGUAGAAUUUGGCAUGAAUCCUCAGCGUGCACUCGAUGCCCCACGUGUGUUCGUGUCGUAUGAUCAGGCUGCACGGCUAUGGCAGCUCAAUCUGGAGGCGGGCAUGGACCGAGGUGUGGCCGAUGAGCUCAGACGGCGAGGCCAUGCGGUGAACUGGCCAGUAAAAGGACAUGAACGGGACCGGUUUGGACGCGGGCAAAUGAUCAGCAUAGGAAAGUGGUGGUGGGACUUAAGUGAUGAAAAACCAGAGGGAGAAGAGAGGGUACUGUGGGCUGGAUCUGAUCCUAGGGCAGAUGGAUGUGCUGUGGGAUAUUAGCUAGAAAACUGAAGUGAAAUACAUGCACUAUUAGGGUUAGUGGACAAAAAUGAGAGCCCAUAUUACCUAUAAUUGGAUGAACAGUGAAAUGCCUUUAAGACGAUGCACAGGUCCAUUUGCCUUCAUGUAUGUAUUAUUAGACAAUGCUGAAAUGCUUCACAGAUAAGUAUUUUAAAUUUUUAAAAAAACGUUUUUAAGUGCUUCACACAGACAACCAGAAUCAGUUUGCAGUGAAAAGAAAAAUGACCGGGAGGACAUAGAUGUGUGGCAGUCUGGAAAAACCUGUCAAAUGUCUCUGGAUCUGAAUUCUGGCAAACAUACUGGCCUGUAACAUACUUCGACACUUCAACUUUAGGAAUCCAUAAAUAUUUCACCAAAUCAAUGUGGAAAGGUUUUUUUUUUCUUCUAGACGUCCUGCAAAGAUUAAGGAGCCACUUUUAACAAACACAGCUGUAAAAACACACUAAAUGUCAGGCUUUGGACAUAUUGUAUAGCUAUGUGCCCAUAGCAAAAUGGACAUAAGCCUAAUCAAUACAGGUUUUUUUUAGUCAAAGAAGGGCUGUCAAAAUGUCAGUGAUCUUCCUGUGCCACAGUCGGAGCGAAUCUUUAAAUGUAAUUGUCUCUCUAUAGUUUUUCACAUUUGAUUGAGAUACAUGCAAAAGAUAAACAUGUUUCAUAUGAAGCCUGUUGUUCUCAGAGCUUUAUACUGUACAAUAGAAAUAGAUUUCAUUUUGUGAUGGGUUUUCCAAGACUGCCCCACAUUUGAAUAAUUACAAACCUAAUAUCAUUUUAUGUAGUGAGAAAAAUGCUAAAGCCACCCCUAACUCUAACCUUAAUCUUCCUAGAGUUUGAUACAACUUCAGUCACAUAACAGUCCAUCCAGGAUUACAUGAUUUUGCGAUCACAGAAAUGAACGCAAAAUCAAGCAAACUCUGCAAUAUUCUGUGGAUCUUGUGAUUUUUCAAAACUACCACAGAUUUUCUGCAGAUUUGGGCCGAGACGCGUAUUGUGACAUCAUCACAACACGCAUUCAGCCAAUGCCAUCUUGGAUUUACGUGCGUCGAACAUGAGUACAGCGAAAAGGUCUCAUUUACCAACAAACAUGAUUGUGAAAGACCGUGCAAAACUAUUUCGUGCAAUUUCAACUUUGCCAAUUCAAGUAGUUUUUCCGCAAAGAAAAAAGCACAAAACUUUGCAAAUUGCAUAGCAAAUUUUGAACAAAAGCCAAAGCAUUUUUGGUUGCAAAUGUGGACUUUUUUGGCUGCAUUUUUGGACUGAUAUGAAUUAUGUCUCUGCAAGCAUAAAUUAGUUCAGGUAUGUGACAUAGAGUGUAGUGGUUUAAGGAUUAAUAAUAAUAAUAAUAAUAAUAAACUGUAUUUUAUAGAGUGCCUUUAAAAGCAGCUUCUCAAAGUGCUGUACACAAAAUAAGCAGUACGCAGAAAAAAAUAAAAUUGUAAAAUAAUAAUAAUAAUAAAAAAUAAAAUAAUUAACCAUUUAAUUAAGCUGAUUUUCAGAACACUUUUUAAAUGUUGCAUGCUGAAGUUUAAAGAAUCUUCUCAUUAUUUAGUUAUCCAGUAACUACAGUGAAAUUAAAAUACAGUAAAACAGUAUGCAGAACAUUAUACAGUAUGAGUUUAUGGGGUUAAAUAUACAGUUCAUUCUGAGAUAAGAACAGCUUUAAAGUGCAGCUUUACACAAAUUUUUUGCCAAUAUAUUACUUUGUUGUUCUAAAGAUCAGUUUUGAGAUAAUCCAAAGUUCAGCCCCAAGAUUACCUCAAGACACAAUAAGCUUAGCACACACAUGACGAAGACGCACACGCUUAGCACACAAAUUUUCUCAUGCUUUCCAGUAAUAAAAGCAGCUAUGUAUGCCAAAUGCAGGCAUAAUAAUGUGUAAAUACAGUACUGAUGAAUAGUCGUAUGAGAUUAGGUGAGAAAUGAGAGUAGUAGAGAUAAAACUCCCACUGAUUUGCACAUGAAUUGUGCCAGAUAUAGAUGCGAAUUACGGUAACCCUAGUGGUUAAGGAAGUACAGCCUAUUUCUUUCAAUUGAUAUCACUGAUUGUAAGUUGCCUCAUUAUUUUAUUUGAAGUAUUUCUGGAACGCAUUAAACAUUUUUCCUCAACAGAAA